CAACUCUGCACAGUUUCAGACAGCUGCGGACGGCGAAGUUUUUGUUCAUGGGGUCAGGUUAAGAUAUAAAUACAAUAGUAUGCUUGGACGUUGGUAUUGAUGAAACUUCCAGACGAAGCGUUGUUGCGCGGUCGCAGCAAGGCGCCUCUCGACGACGUCGAGGUGCUGUACCUGUCAGGGUGUGCCCUGGACGGUCUCGCCAACCUGGACGCGUGCGUCCGCCUGCACUCACUCCACGUCGCCCACAACCGCCUCGUCGACAUCGCCGGCCUUCGAUCCCUUCGCACGCUGUGGCAUAUCAACCUCAGCUACAACCCGCGGCUGCACGACCUCUCCCCUCUCGCCGAUUUUCCCGCCCUCGGUUUCCUCUCCCUCGAACAUGGCACGUUCACAUUCGACGACGUGGCAGUGCUACGAGAUAUGCACAUCGCAGACCUCCGUCUCCGCGGCAAUCCCGCGCUCAUGUUAGUCGUGGGUCAAGACGCCGACAAGGACGUGAGCACGUACCGGUUAAAAACGGUGGCAUUGUUGCCGAAUGUGUGGGCGCUGGACGGCCACUACAUCACGACGGACCACCGGCUAGUGGCGUUGGAUACGUUUGGCGAGUUUGAGUACGCGACGACUCAAGGCCGCACCGACAGGUACGGGUCAACCGCGAUGACGUGGCAACUGCUGCUGCCUCCAUCCAACCCCCUCGCCGACCAUCUCGUGCAUCUGGUCAAACAUGAGCCGACGUCCCAUCGCAUUCUAAGGGAAUCCUACCGACUCAAAGCGUUGCUCCACAUGUACAACCACUUGUCCACCCACGCGAACGCACAUUUGUACUUGGCGCCAAAGUCCUCGGCCGCUGCCGGUGGUUCAAAGCCGUGGCCGGUGGUGCCCGCCGACGACAUCCUUCGCAUGCCCCCCCGCGCGCGCCUCAACUUGGCCAUUCUCCUCGCCGCAACCCUCGACUUUCCGUCACUUCCGCCUUUUCUGCUCCUGGAGGCCACCACCAUCAACCUCGUCGGCCACUUGGACCCGGCAAACAUCCGCGCCAUCCUUGACGCGCCGCCCUACGUCGCGACCGCGCUGCUCUUUUGCCUCGGCGAGCAAGGCCUCAAAGACAACUUGUCGCUUCCCGAGAACGACCGCAAGCUCUGGUCCAGCCUCCCCGUCGUCUUGUCGACGUUUGUGGACGCCAAGUCCAUAGACUUCAUGGACCCCAUCACCGACGACCAGACCCAGCUGUUCACUCGACGGUGUUGUUAUGCCGUGAUCCUGCUGUCGCGGGCCCCUUCCUUUCCCACCCACGGUGUCGACACGAGCUCGUCCGUCGCGUCCGCCGUCGCCACCUCGCUGCAGCCCUUGCUGGACAAGGCCAAGAUGCGUGUGCAGGACCUCUUCCCCGACGCCGCGGGUGGCAUGUCGGCAUGGAUUGGGAGCCAGAAACGACUGGACGGCAUUCGUUCUGGCCAUCCGGGGCAAUUGCCGUGGAAUAAACCGAGCAACGACCGUAGCAACGGCAGCAUCAAGUACCCCCGACCAUGGGUGACGCCAGCAAUUGCUGCAAACCACGACAGCAACGAGGACGAGCCAGGGAAUCUCAACCCCCUCGAGCCACAACAAGUCCCCUCCGAGCCAACGAGGACGCUUUUGCCCACUGCAAACUCCAUGAACUUGCACUCUCGGUCAUCCCCCCAGCUGCUCCAUGAUGCUUCCUCCGUGAAACGAGCCAAGUUGCAUCGAGAUGCACAUGGAUAUCACAAGGAAGGGGUGCCAAGGGCAUUUGGGGUGCCAAAUAUGGACUUGUCGGCACAGGAUGUGAUCGCCGCCACCGCCGCCGUCUCCAUGGGCAGUCCGUCGCUUCACCGGUCAGCCUCGAAACCCGUCGAGUUGUUUGCGACGAACGCGACGUGGAAUGCCAAUUACGUGCUCGCGCCACCCGCGCUGGUGCACGCGCAGAAUGUAUGGAUGGACAAGAAUCAGCAACAAACGGAUGGAUGGAGUCGCAUGGGGGACCUGCCAACGUAUUCGAUCGAUGCGACGACGCAUUUGGUUGCGCAGUCGAGACCACUGGGCCCGACGCGGGCGAGAGCGGUUAUGCAUGUCACGACGAGUCAUGUGCGCAAGGAAUCCAUUAUGGUUGAGAACGAAGAAGACGGAAACCAACCACACGACGAAGCGCAGCAAGUACGACAUGACAACGAUGGACAAAUGAUGCAACUGCUGCAAAGGGACCUGGCGUUGCUCCUCGGCAAAGCACCUGCGACGACGGACGAUGCCCCAUCGCAGUCGUGCUUUAUGACCCAGAGCAGUUCCCAUCCAAAGCUGUUGCCGUCGACAACGCGGAACCAAGAAAUAUCCUCGACAAUAUCCCAACCACGUGUGUCGCCCUUCCAGUUGGACAUGGCCCCUGUGACCACCGCUACCGCCACCAAGCCUGUGAAGAAAGCCGGCUUCAAGACAUGGCAUGCCGUGCCAGCCAAGUCGCAACUCAUCAUCUCGAGCCCAUCCUCCCACCCGCCCCCCAUCAUGCCGACGAACAUGCGUGGCAAGAAGUCUCCUUCUCUCCAGAAGAGCUUCACGACCGACGUCGCGUCGUAUGCCGCGCUUCCGUCGCUUCCGUCGUCGCCGUCGUCGUCAAAGACCGUGCGCUCGGCCUUGCUACCUCGUAGUGCGAGUUUGCCCGUUUUAUAACGAAAACGUCCGCUGAUUGGUCUAUUUUAGUCGCACAUCUGUAAUCCACCAAUCAUCGUCAAGUUGAAGUUGGUUUCGUAUGAUAAAAUAACAGCCGUCGCAGUUCACCA